AUGCAACUUGAAUUCUUAGUACCCUCUUGUGCAGAAAUGAAACAAUAUGUAGCAAAAAAUAUAUCUAAAGGUAUCUUAAUGAUAAAGAGAUCACUUAAUAAAUUCGAAGCAAAAAACGAUACAAUAAUAAAUCAUAUCCAUCAUAUUGCAUCAUGUUUGAUUUCAAGAGGGAAAGCAUGGCGAGUUGAUAUGACAAAUGCUUCUACCCUAUGA